CUCGAGAGCCGCGCGAGUGAGCGAAGCGAAGACUACCCGAAAGAGCCGUGCUCCACUCAGUCUGUCCGCGGGCGUCCGUCAAGCAGACUUCUCCGGCUCUCUGUCUCCCUCCCUCUCUCCCUCGCUCGCUCCCACCCUUGACGGGUCUCGGAACUCGAGGGCCUCGCGGAAGACACAUGUCGUCGGUGCUGGUGGUGCAGCUGCUACCGGCUAACCCGCGUGACCGUGCGCGUUAACGUUAACACGAAUUCACGACGUUCUUCUAGUCCGACAUUGCGUCGCGUCCACGUAUCGCGCGUGUGCUAUUGUUUUAAAAAAAUUUUCUUCUUUUUCGUUCUUCUCUAUCGCGCGAUCGGUUCUCAUAUAUGAAAGUGAGUCGACACACACACGGUGACAGAGUGCUCGCAGUGCGACCAGUGAUACGCCAGACCAGCGGACAGGAUGUGGUCGACGAGGCUUCUCUGGGGUCUCCUCGUCGGGCUCGCGAUCGUCGGCUCGCCGAUCCAGCACGUCGCCGACGGCUUCAACGUCGAGACGAAGCACUAUGCGGUGUAUCGUAUGGAGGAGAGGUCCAUGUUCGGAUUCGCCGUGUCGACGUACCGUGACAGAUACGCCCGCGGAUGGGCGGUCGUGGGCGCACCGGAGGCUGAAACUGCACAGGCCGGCGUCUACCGAGGAGGCGCAGUCUAUAAAUGCGAUAUCGCGGCUGAUGAUAGAUGCAACAUAAUCCAUUUCGACGAUAAAGGACACAAUCACGUCAGAAAUCCAAAUAUCGCUGGCGGUUUGAGCCAGAUCGACAACAAGACCCUGCAGUGGUUCGGCGCCACGGUCUCAGCUUCUAGCAAGGACGGAGGCCCGAUUCUGGCAUGCGCGCCCAGGUACAUCUGGUUCUCGGUGUCGCAGCCGAAGUACGAUGACAAUAGGUGGAACAAGGAAUCCACGGCGGGCAACAGAAGAGAGCCAGUGGGCACGUGCUGGGUCGUCGCUAAUAACUUCAACGAGUCGCAGGAAUACUCGCCUUGUCGCACGAGGUACUGGGGCUACCACAGGCAGGGUUCUUGUCAGGCUGGUUUAGGAGCCGCGAUGUCUAAGAGUGGCGAGAGACUCUUCAUAGGAGCACCGGGCAGUUAUUACUGGCAAGGUCAGAUAUACUCAAUCGCCACCGCCAUGAAGUUGAAGUUCGUGGCGACGAUGUUAGUCACCGAAGCCGAAGCAUCAGGACAAGCGUUUUCGCAGCCCUUGAAUGGUCGAUCGAGAAUCAUGUUCACCAAAGAGGGUCCGGCGAAGGAGGACGAUAGUUAUAUGGGUUAUUCCGUCGCGACAGGAGAUUUCGUUGGGAAUGGAGAUAGUGGUACCGCGGUUGGCGUCCCGCGCGGUUCCGAUCUUCUGGGCAAGGUCAUACUGUUCACAUCGAAUAUGACGAACCCUCGAAAUCUCACUGGCGAACAAAUGGGUGCUUACUUCGGUUACGCCGUGGCUGCUGGCGAUAUAGACGGGGACGGGUUGGAUGACCUGAUAGUCGGUGCACCCAUGUACACUGUUCCAGAUAACCCGGAAAUGACCAUCGAAACCGGAAGAAUCUAUGUUAUCUAUCAGGGCGAUGGUGCGGAGAAGUUUCGCAAAUUUGACACAAGGGACGGCGAAAGCAACCGCGGACGUUUCGGCUUGUCGCUGGCCUCUCUGGGGGACAUCGACCGUGACGGUUACGGUGACUUCGUUGUCGGCGCGCCCUACGGUGGUCCAAACGGUCGCGGUGCCGUCUACAUCUACCACGGCUCGCGGACCGGAGUCCUGGAGAAGUAUUCCCAGGUGAUCCACGCGGAGGAUCUGGACAAUCCGGUGCAGACCUUCGGAUUCUCCGUGGCCGGUGGCCUUGACCUCGAUGGCAACGUUUAUCCAGAUUUAGUAGUCGGUGCAUACGAGUCGGGGGCAGCAAUGUUCUUCAGAUCACGGCCGGUGAUCAAGAUGGACUCCUACGUGGUCUUCGACUCGGAAUCCAAGUUGAUCUCCUUGGACGACAGGAACUGCACGCUUUCGGACAACACCAGAGUCACGUGUUUUCCGCUUAGGGCUUGCUUCAGAUACUCGGGAGAGGGUGUUCUCACGAGGCACAAUUUCAAUAUACAAUACGUACUCGAUGUGAAGAAGACGAAAAAUCCGAGAUUGUUCUUCCUGGAAUUGGAGGGCAGAAAUACGAUGAAUCAUACGAUCACGGUUGAACGCGAUCGCCAGUUCUGUCGCACAGUCCAGGUGUACGUGAUUCCGAACAUUCGCGACAAGCUAACGUCGUUGGACGCCGAGAUGCGUAUGAGUCUAGAGGAAGAACGGAUUCCGGAUAAUCGCCGUCGUGAUCCUAGAAUGCCACUAAGACCCGUCCUCGGCGCGACGACCUCCAGGAAGGAUACUCUUUCUAUCAGAAAGAACUGCGGUUCUGACAACAUCUGCAUACCCAACUUACAGCUCAGCGUCAAGUCCAACGUUGGCAGAUACUUGUUAGGAUCUGGCAAAAGGUUGGAACUCGAAGUUUUGGUUCAGAAUGCGGGCGAGGACGCAUUCGAGGCGACCUAUAAUCUGCAGUUACCGGCCGGCAUCGAUUACAUCAAGAUCGAGCGUGUCGAGACCCUGGAGAUUCCCGUUCACUGUUCCGCGCCCAAGCAAUCAAACAACAACACUCUACGUUGUGAUAUCGGAAAUCCACUGCCACAGAAAAAACUGGUAAAGUUUAAGGUGCUACUUCAGCCCGUGACGUCUCACGGGAUGAAGCCCAUCUACGAGUUCGAUAUGCAUGUCAACACUACGAACCCCGAGGAUUCCAGCACUAGCUAUGAUAACAGCCAGCAUUUGUCACUACCGAUCUGGAUAGAGACAGACGUGCGCGUCGACGGCGAGAGCAAACCCAAGGAUCUCUAUUAUAAUCCCGACAAUUACACUGCCGUGAAUAUUACAACGGAGCUCGAGUUGGGACCAGCGGUGACGCACAAUUAUACGAUUCGCAAUCAAGGCCCAUCGGAUAUCGUCGAGGCAGAAGCGUUCCUUGUAUGGCCCGCUCAAACUUUAUCCGGAAAGAUACUAAUGUAUUUGCUGGAACAGCCAGAGACUGCGGGACCGAUCGCCUGCGAAUCUGCCAAUGCAAAUUAUCUCAGUUUGAAGUUGGAUCAGCGUAGAAGAGUGCACCUAAAUUACCCUGAUUACUCUGGCGUAAUCCUGGACGAGUCGCAAUCAGGCAGAACAAUCAAUGUUCAAAGAGGCUUCGAGAUAGACCAUAACAAAGUGAGUCAGAAGGAAGAGGCCGAGAUUAGUAGUGGCGACAGUUCGAAUAUCCAGAAAUCACGACACCACUUCUCGUCAUCGUCGUCGUCCUCCGCCUCUUCUUCCAGCACUGCCGAGAGUAGGCGGAUUCAGCUGAACGCGGGAGAGAAACCCGAAGUGCUCACCACGACGUAUACGCACAAUUCUUCCGGAACUAGCUCGAACGGUAGCAGUGACUCAUCCAGCAAUCGCGGCGGAGUUGUUUUUCACACGGAAUCGAGCGGUAGUUACGGUUCCACGACUUUAGGCGGAGGAUUCCGUGGGUCUGAGGAGGAAUCCUUUGGCUCAAGGUUGCCCGAUCUCGAGCAGUCCUAUGGAACUCGCACUAAUCAAUCCGUUAGGGUGGAAAGUCGUUGGCAGGAGAGCGGUGAAGCGCAAGGACAUACGAUUUCACCUCCGGAUAGAUACGAUUCCGUUAUGACUGAGAGCGAGAGGCGAUACCAGGAGCUGUUGAGGCAGCAGGAGGAGGUUCGUCUGCGGCAAGAGGAGGAGACUCGACAGAGGAAGCUGCAAGAAGAAGAGACCCAGCGGAGGAAGCUGCAAGAAGAGGAGACUCAGUGGAGGAAGCUGCAAGAAGAGGAGACCCAGCGGAGGAAGCUGCAAGAAGAGGCACUUCUAAUACGUCAGCAAGAGGAACAAGAACAUAUCGCCCUGCAACGUCAUCGGGAGGAGUUAGAGCGACGUCGGCAGGAAGAGGAAUGGCGAAAAGAGGAAGAAGAACGGCAAAGACAGCAAGAAGUAAGACGCCUGCAGGAAGAGAGGGAACACAGGUACAAUUACGAUGAAGAAAGGCGCUACGGUGUAACCACGGAUGGUUAUCAUCGAACUACGGAAGAUGAUUUUAUCACUGGCGAUCGCGAGGAAACGGUCGGAAGUCAGGAAUUUGGUUUGCACAAUGUCAGCUCCACGCAAGAACUGGAGCGGAUCUUUGGCACGUUGUCGAAAGAUGCAACUGGUUAUCAGCUAUACAACAGACAGGGACAACAGUAUGUCCAGUUCAAGGCGAGAUUCAGGACAUCCGCUGACAGGAAAGAGUACAUAGAAUUCCAGGACGGCUCUAUGUUCCCCCUUCAGGAUCGUUACGGCGGGCAAAGCUACGUUUCAGAAUCUACGGAGCCUCGCGACAGUCGAUUUCUCAGGAUAGAAGGCCAUUUACUUGUUGCUUCGGACGGCAAAGGUUACAUCGUGUUGAAGGAUGGUCGAAGGUUCCCUCUUCAGGGUUCGUUUACGCACACUGAGGAAAGAACGUACACUUUGCGUGGCCCGCACGAUAGCUAUCAAGGUGGUGACGUUGAAAAUCAAGGUCAGGGAACUCAUAGUCAAUCUUGGAACGAGGAAUCAUCCAGUCUCGGUGCAACUUCAGACGGAGGGUAUGAAAGCAGAUAUAAUACUCGUACACAUGAAGAGAGACGAACGGAAGAGAGAACGAGUAACACCAGAGUCUACGGGAGAAACCGUGAACGGUUCGACGACGAGUUCCCUACUAACAGACCAGAUCCUAAUUUUCCAAGCUCGAGAUACAGACGCGAGAGCGACGUGGUCGAUGUCGAGGAAUUCAAGAAAUUCGAACGGUUCCACAGGCAUCGACGAGACCUCGAGACGGACGAUUUCCCGUCCGACGCAACUACGUUCCAGGAUGACGAUUACUACCAGGAAAACGAUCCCGAGUCGCAGAUACCAGUGCCGCCGUGUGAUGCGGCGAAGUGCGUUAUGUUGCGAUGCGUGUUGGGUCCAUUGAAGAAGGACCAAGAAGUCUGGAUCAGCGCGAGAUAUCGCGUGGACGCUAGAACUUUGAAGGAAGUAGCUCUUAAGGAGAAAGUGAAGGUGUCGACGAAGCUGGUGGCACGUGUCACGAAGCAACCAUUCAUCGGUACGCCUGCAGAACAGGUCAUCAGGAGCGACGAAGUUACAACGAACAUCGAGCCCAGCGCGGCGCCUUCCACUCCGGACAUGAUUCCAAUAUGGGUGGUGGUUCUGUCAGCUUGUGCGGGAAUGAUAAUCCUCUUGCUGCUCAUUUACCUGCUUUAUAAAUGCGGUUUCUUCAAGAGGAACAGGCCCUCCGACGCUCCAGAGAGACAACCGCUGAAUCGAAACGGUCACUUCCAACAAGGCGAGGAUCACUAAACAAGGAUCACCACUGUCCACCUUUCUUCUGUCGAAACUUUCGACUUUUUGGCCAUACCAGAUCGAAUCGUAGGCGCAUCGCGUGGAUUCGCUUGAUGUAGUCUGCAGACACAGUUUCGACUUCUGUCGAGUAUCUCAUUAGCGUUCAACAGUGCCUUAAUCCGCAUCCAGGCCAGGCGAGCAUCUGCCGAGGUGCACUGGAAGCGUUGAUUCUGGGUGAUGAUUGAUUUGUCACACGUAUACUGCCGUGAAUACUCCUUCCAGCUCCUGCAGCUCGACCAUACAAGUUUCUAGUCAGGAGACGUUCUUCUUCUUCUUUUUUUUUUUAAUUAUUACCUGUAAUUACUUAAGCCGCGCGUACAGACGGCAGUUACGAACGAAUAUCUCGACAUUCUUCGACGAAUCGUAUUUUCGUGUAUAUACGUAAUAUAUGUAUAAUGUUAUUUUUUUCUAUACCGUCAACCGCGGUAGAACGCCUUGAUACGUGCCUCGUCGCUUCCGCUGUCUUUUUUACGAUAGAGUACAACUAAUUAUUUUUUUACCCGUGUUCGGUCGGCACUAAAACGAUUUCAUAUCUCGCCGAUAAUUCUCUUAGCGAAGCUCAUUCGGGUGCCGAAAAUAUUAUAGAUAAUCUUUCCUUUAAGACUCCUUUCAUACGAGCAUUUGACGACCAGAUAUCGAAUAGUAUAUCACGGUGUAGGCAAUUCUUCAGAUGUCUUUCAGAUGUUUUUUUAUAGUUAUUUUGAGUGCUGCUUUUGUUAGCAGCAUUUCGAAUGUAGACUUGUUUGAAAGGGGUCUAAAUCUCCCUGUAGAGCGAUUUUGAAAUCGCAUGGGAUUUUUUAAUUAUUUAUUAAAUUUGUAUGUUAUAUAUGUAAUACCGUAACGUAUGCUUGAGCGCUGUAACAAUAGCGUGAUACGUCGUCACGCGCGCAAGGUGAAUGUGUGUACAAUCUGUAAAUUAUUAAUUUACGUUAUACUAAAACUAUCCACGAAAAGUGGUUUAACGCAAUAAUAUUUGAUUAGAAAGGAUUUAUAUCUUUCUGGUAUAAAUAGGAAGCUAGAACUGACUUGUACAUACAACAUUAAGAUAUAAUAUUAAAAAUAUAUAUAUAUACAUAUAAUGAAAUUAACACUAUUUUACGUAUAUUACUAAUUUCUUCCCCAAUAAAUCUGUUAAAAGUUCAAUUACAGCUGAAAAGAAGAAAAAUUACGUCGGAUAAAUUUGUACAAUCAUUUAUUGUAAAAUUACAAUGACGUAACAGUGGUUGACAUAAAUCAAACGUUUGAUUACGAUCAACAUGUGUACCGUUUGUGCUAUUUACUGGCUUACAUUGACCACUGAAACCAGUGUAUAAGUUAUAUCGUGCACAAAUUAUAAGAAAAUUCCUCCAAAUAUAAAAAAAUAUAUACUUCA